CGAGCCUCUGCAAACAAAACAACAACUUGGCUUUUGCUUGUCUUCUUGUGCUUUGCUCCUUCUUUCUUGUGCUUUGCUUCUUCUUGUGCCACGACCGACUUGGACGCAGACAGGCAAACACCAAGCACACACGAAGCCACACAGCCACAACAACGAUGGCAGACAGGCACGCGCAGCAAUCAGGAGGCAGUGGGGCGCAUCAGCAGAUCCCAGAGCCCUUUGUGACCUUCUAUGGCGAGGAGUGCCUCCACGCAGAUGACACUGUGACGUACCUCCCGCCGAAUGACAACCCCAAGGCCGGGACGCUGCUUGUCACAACAUUCAGGCUGCUCUUCAAGAGCACAGACUCUGAUGAAUACCAUGUGGAGUUACCCCUUGGUGCCAUUGACAAGUUUGAAAAGGUUGGCGGUGCAACGAGCCGGGGCGCUUACGCAUAUGGUGUCGAGAUCCACUCCAAGGAUCUGCGUACGUUGCGGUUUGCGCACAACCCCAAAGAGCACUCGCGUCGCCGCCUGUACGAACUCCUCUCCCGCCACGUGUUUCCUCUCUCAAACGGCGUUCCCGCGUACUGCGAAUACUACCAAGGGCGCAUGCACCUGAAGAAGGCCGACGACAACGAGCCAACCAAGGGCUGGACAAUCUACUCCGUUCACAAGGAGGCGGAACGCAUGGGUAUCCCUGAGGACAAGUGGCGGGUGACGUCGAUCAAUGCGGACUACUCGCUGUGCUCGACAUAUCCACAGCACCUCAUCGUGCCGGCCACCGCCACAGAUGACGACCUGCGCGCUGUUGCCCGUUUCCGCAGCAAGGGCCGCUUGCCAGCGCUGUGCUGGUACAACCGGCGCAACGGAGCGACAAUCACGCGAUGCAGCCAGCCGCGUGUUGGUGUUGUUGGAAAGCGAAAUCACACCGACGAGCAGUACAUCGAGGCCAUUCGCAAACUGAACCCGACGCACCCGGAGCAGCUGCGCAUCAUGGACGCCCGCCCCCGCAGAAACGCAAUGGCAAACCAAGCAAAGGGCCUCGGGUACGAGUCGACGACGGCGUAUCCAAACUGUGACAUUGCGUUCCUCAACAUCCACAACAUCCACGUCAUGCGGGACAGUCUGCGCAGAGUCAGAGCGAUGUGCUGGCCUGAGCCGGACGAGCAUAAUUGGUUUGCCAACUUGGAGGCAACGGGCUGGCUCAAGCACCUCAGGGCCAUCCUGUCGGGUGCCGUGUCGAUUGUGGACUUGGUUGACAGCGGGCAGUCUGUGCUGAUUCACUGCAGCGACGGCUGGGACCGCACCGCCCAGCUCUCCGCGCUCGCCCUAAUCAUGCUUGACCCGUUUUACCGCACGCUGGAAGGGUUUCAGGUGCUGAUUGAGAAGGAGUGGCUGUCCUUUGGCCACAAGUUUGGGCAGCGGCUUGGCCUCUGCGACAAACACCACAACGACGAGCAGCGGUCGCCGGUGUUCCUGCAGUUUAUCGACUGCGUGUGGCAGCUGAGCGAAUUCUUCCCGUGCGCAUUUGAGUUCAAUGAAUCCCUCCUCAUCUUCAUCCUCGACGAAAUGUACAGCUGCCUGUACGGGACAUUCAUGCACAACAACGAGAAAUCGCGGCAGAAAUUGCGGACAACAACGCUGUCGAUGUGGGACCACGUGCUCGCGUUCCGACACGAAUUCAUCAGCCCUUUCUUCGACCCGGCUGCCACUCCGACUGUGCUCAAGUAUCCCGUGAGCAUCCGCAAUCUCCAGCUGUGGCAGGGCUACUUCCUCCGAUGGUCCACCCAGUUUCGCCCAAAGGAGGAUCUGGUUGCGCGGUUCCGGUCGAUGCAGACGACAAUUGAGGAGUUGGAGCUGCAGUGCGCAGCGGUGAAGAGCACACUCGAAUCCAAAGGUGUUGGCAAUGGUGAUGGUGGUCGUGAUGGUGAUGGUGACACUGACGGCGGUGGUGCAAGGCAGGGGCUGGACGAAGGAGACGGCGCAACGAACAACAGCAAUGAUGAUAGCGAUGGUGGUGGUGAUGAUGAGGGUGAUGAUGAUGAUGAGGGUGAUGAUGAUGAGCAGGAGCACACGGGACAGCAAAGAGAUGGGGCGGGCGAGUCGUGGGCAAGGCCGCGUGAGCGCACGGUCAGCAACGCAUGAUGCAAGCAGCUGCAGUGAGGAGACAAGUGGACUGGGUUUUGUGUGUGUGUGUGUGUGUGUGUGUGUGUG